UGGAGAGAGUGAGUGACGGAGGAAUAUCCCACUGUCUGUGAUACCAAAAGUGAAUGAGCGGGAGAAAGUGUAGUAACAAGCAGGCUGAACUUAUGACAACGACCAGAGGGAGACCACUGGAGGAAUAGUGAUUGAACAUCUACCAAAUUACUUUGAGUGGAGUCUCCUAAUUGGGACACUCAUUCAAAUAGUGAGACAGAGAGAGAGAGGGAUUGCUGCAGGGACGCACGCAUACGAUCAACACAAGUUAUUCCCUCUACUCCAUCAGUUUUCAAGGAUUAUCAGCUUUCCUGCCAUCUCUCCUGUCUCCAUUGGUGACAGCGCCUAACAACCAUCGCCAUGGGUGAAAUGGAGGAAUUGCGAAAGGAGGCGGAGAGUCUCAAAGACCAGAUCACUGCAGCUCGUAAGACGGUGCAGGACACCACACUGCAAGAAGCAGCAGCCGGGAUCACCGCGGUGGGACGCGUCCAGUUGAAGACCAGGAAAACACUAAGGGGUCACCUUGCCAAGAUCUACGCUAUGCACUGGGGCGCUGACUCCACGUUGUGUGUCAGUGCCUCACAAGAUGGAAAACUCAUAGUGUGGGACAGCAUUACAACCAACAAGGUGAAUGCCAUCCCUCUCAAGUCAUCGUGGGUGAUGACUUGUGCCUAUGCACCUUCGGGGAACCUAGUGGCUUGUGGCGGUCUGGACAAUAUGUGCUCCAUUUACAACCUCAAGGGCAAGGAUGGAAAUGUCAAAGUCAUGCGUGAGUUGGCGGCACACACAGGUUACCUGUCCUGCUGUCGUUUCCUCAGUGACACUGAGAUCAUCACCAGCUCUGGAGACUGCACUUGUGUGCUAUGGGACAUUGAGACAGGGACAGAAAAGACAAUCUUUGCAGGACACCUGGGAGACUGCAUGUCCCUGGCCGUGUCCCCAGAUUUCAAGUUUUUCAUCUCAGGAGCGUGUGACUUCACAGCCAAGCUGUGGGACAUCAGGGAGGCCCAAUGCAGACAGACCUUUUCGGGCCAUGAGAGUGACAUCAACGCAAUUGGGUUCUUCCCCAAUGGUAACGCAGUGAUAACAGGGUCAGAUGACGCCACCUGUAAACUGUACGACCUGCGAGCUGACCAGGAGCUCAUCACCUACCAGGACUCCAGCAUCAUGUGCGGGGUCACCUCCCUGGCCCCCUCCGUGUCUGGACGCCUGUUACUGGCUGGCUAUGACGACUUCAAUGUCAACAUCUGGGACACACUGAAAUCUGAGAGAGUGGGAGUGCUGGCUGGUCAUGACAACAGAGUGAGCUGCAUCGGAGUGUCCUCCGAUGGGAUGGCGUGUUGCACAGGAUCCUGGGACAGCUUCCUCAAGAUAUGGAACUGAGGCUGUUCCUCACCAGCGAGCAGAGAGGAGUGAUUAUCAGUCUGGUAGAAAGUGAAGAAGAUAAAAAAGAAACAAGAGUUUGAGGGGGUGGGUUGGGGGGGGGGGGUGAGGAGCUGCAUAGGGCGAGAAGAGGGUAUUGUAAUUGUGCCAAGUCCUAUCUAAUGUUGGAGAGGGGUUGUAAUGUGAAGAUCUUCUCCUCUCACAUCGCGGCCUCACCUUUCUUCUCACGUUAUGGGGGAAUUUAGGGGUGGGACAAGGGGUGGGGGUCUCAGUAAAAGAUCAUUCCUCUUAAUAAUUUAUGAUAUUGCGGUUAAAAUAACCAUAACAUAUGCACAUUUGUUGCAGCAAUUCAGAGGUCACCCAAUGAGAACAAUUGCCAAAUGGAAAUGGUAGCACGCUGGAUGAGACAGAAUUGAAUACGUGUCAAGUUACAGUCUGUGAAGGCUCACUCUAGCUAUACUAAUAUGCUGUGUUUUAUAUCAAAGCACAAGUUAUGUCGUAUGAAUAAUAUGAGCAGUUGCGUUGUUUUUGUUUCAGACUGUUUGUUCUUAGUUUUGGUAGAUUCCCUAGAUGCUUACAUUUACAUUUUCUAACUUUAAUUAAAAUAGAGUGCUAGUUUGCAGAUGUUUAGAUUAGUGUUGAGUUGUUUUGUAUGUGAUUGAUGGACAAUAUUUACCAGGAUUUGGGGUCUCCUCCCCCCCUCCCUUGUAGCUAGACCUGAAAAGUGCUUUGGGUAAACUGUUGCACUGACAGAUGGGAUAAUAAAAAUGGUUUUCAUGGUUCACUAAGCACUUACAAAAAACAAUAACCCCAUUUGUCUGAGGACAGGACUAUUUGUAUGAGUGGUACAUGGAUAACAGCUAUUGUAUGCAUAUGAGCAAUACAAAAUGAAUCUGUAUGCGACCGCUUACUUUUUCCUCUGCAUGGUACAAGAUAAACCUCAAGGAGUUUUUGUACAGACAGAAAACAUAUAUCCGAGUUCUGACUAGAAUUUGGACUGCCUCUUUUUCCAACACUGGAUACACACUGUGCAAAAUAAAGCAAUACUACCUUUCUUAAAGACUGUC